ACAUUCAGUAUCCUUUCUAAACACCAUGCCACUGCUCUAUUGCCAUCCCUGGAUCCUUAGCUGAGGAAGAAAAGAAGGAAGAUGCAGUUACUCGUUCUGAUGCAAUGCCUAUGCAGUUGCAGCCUGAGCUUUGCCUACCUGUGUUUGUAGAAGGGAGAUGAUACACUGUGCUAAAGACAAGAGAAAGACAGUCUGCAGUGCCCCAUGCGGAUAAGCAGCUAUGAAGUCAAAGCUUUCCUGUGUUUUCACGUUGCCUAGUAAUAGUAGGAGUAAACCAAGCUAGAGAAAUUCCAGGCUAGAAGAGAAUCACUGGGGGAAUAUGUGCAGGAAAGUGUCCCCUUUGGACCAUGUUGAUGAUCAGCUUCCUGGACCUCCACUAACCCUAUGGAGUUUAACCCCAGCUCUGAACUCCCCCAGACUUUGAGUAAAAGAGGACAGGGGAAGAAUUAUGAAUACAGAGUGUUGGAUUUAUGACUGCAGGAGAUAGCGGUCUGCAUGAAGCCCAUUUCUUCACCAUGGCCUGUGAAAGCCAAGCAGAUGGAGCUGAGAAACAAAGUCCUGUCUCCUACUGUGGGACCCAUGCAGAUGAAAGCUCGCUUCACUGGGUGAAAGAGUUUCACAAUGGCCAAGUGCUUAUGGCUCUCACUGCUAGCAAUACCUGCUCUUCUACCGUCUUUGAUAUGGAGCUUUGUGCAGAGAAACUGAAGACCUUUGGAAUUGAGAUGACAAAGGAUCAGUGGAGGAAUUUAAUUCAAAACGCCAUUCUGGAACCUGAUGUAAGAAGAUACAUGUUUUACAACUCCAGAGCUUUUGGGAUAGCCAUUGCUGCGAUUUUCUACAUCUCAGUCUGGGCAAAUAUUUACUCCACCAUGCAGCUGUAUUCCUCUGGGUGCCGCUGGGAGGUCAGCAUUCUGGUGACAGUGGCUGCCAUAGCACUCACUAUAGUUAUUAUAUUGAUUAUUGACCAACAUCAAAGGAAGAUACAUGUGAAUACUGAUGUGAGGCUGGCAGCUGCCAAUGAAGUCUUCAUGAAGCACAACUUACUUCUGGGGGUUGCAGAUGCCAUGGACAGGCACCAGAAUGUUCUACAGCUUUGCUUUGUCCAUUUCAACCUGGAGCAGUGUCUUCACUCCUUAGCAGGCUAUAUUACAGAACAGAAGAGAAACCACCAGUCAGCCCUGAGACACAACCUGGACCAGUUCUGUGUUACUAUGGAGACAGUGAUCCAGUCGGAUCAGGGAAGAGGAGAGGAGAGUUCAUCUGAAGAGUCACCUCUUCUACCCAGUGACAAGAAAGGGACUCUGGCAUGCAGUGAACUGCUCCAUCUUAUUCCAGAGGGAACUCCAGAGGUGAUGGCCCAGCAGCUGUUGGUGAUCUUCAGUGGCUAUUACAUCAGACUCUUGGUUAGUGGUCAGCUCCCGCAAGUCAUCAUGUUACGGCAUGUGGAACACAUGAAUAUCCCCUGCCUUUGCCAGUUCAUAGAGAUGAAUGUGCUUGACACAGGUCACUGUUGGUUCAAGGCCAGGUGACGUGAGGGGCCUGAAAAGAGUUGUUGCAGUUAAUACUGUUCAAAUACAAUGGUCCAUGGAAGAAGCCAGGGCAUAGGGAAGACCUGGAGAGAGAUACAACUGCAUCAGGGAUUUGAUUUGACCAAUGAGAGGACAGUAAUGAGGUGGAGGACAUGAAAUAAAUGUUCAAAAUCCCAUUCAGAGACAAUAAAAGAGACAGGCACCUAACUGCCCAACCGCUCUUGAACAGGAGCCAAAUCUCAAAUGAAGAAGUGAAUUGUGCUGUUUAUGACUUCCUUACUUCUCAUCAGGUCUGUUGGCCGUGCGAUACAAAUAGUUGCAUCUAAGUGUGUUUGUAAUGAGCUAUCAACUCAUGCUGUGAACAGUGCAAGUAAGGAUCAUGUCUGGACGAUGCACAGCAUGUAAAGUUCAGAUUGUUGAAUGCUUAAUGCAAGGAACAUGGCAAGAUCAUGGCUUGUUAAGUUUCCUCUUUUAUGCCCCACUCAUGUUCCUUUCAUCAUGCAUGUGUGAUCCUUGCAUUUUUCCCAGCAUGGAGAAAUGACCUGGCUAUUGUCUUUAUUUUCCUGCACAGACAUACUCUAUUUUCUUUGGCACUGAAGAUCUCUCAUGCUUGCUCCACGCCGGCAGAAAUUCACAAGCUCUUAGCAUCCCAUUUGUUCUGGACUUUUGUUGGUAUUUGUUAUUUGCUAGGCAUGGACACUGCACUCAGCACUCUAUAAAACACAGAAGAUGUCAUGACUUUUGACCUGGAGAAUUGUUAACCUAGGAGCAUUAUCAGAAAUGUCCCCCAUACGUUUGACUCUAUCAGGAGUUGGGGUGAUGAACAACUUCCAGAAGGUGCCCAGCAUCUCACAUUAUUAGGCCUUUAAAAGACAGACAACAUGAAACACACUAUGAAAUCUUAAGCAAAAUUCUUUAUUGAGCAUCUUUUCUACUGUUUUGGGACAGUUUUUUUUUGUUGUUUUGUUGUUUUUUUUUUGCUAUCAUUUGUAAAUGACAUUGAAAAAGAAUUAGUUUUAAGCAAAAAAACCCAAGGAGUCCUUGUGGCACCUUA